AUGAUAUCGGUAAGAUUCUAUGGAACUACAGCAUAUCUCAUUGACAAAAGUCUUAUACCGAUAGUUUUGUUAUGGAUUGACCCAGUUGUUGGAUAUAAUUUCAUAACAUAUGGUUCAUUCGAUACGGAACGUUGCAGUGAGGGCUUACUUUACAUCGUUCAGAAACCGAAGGACUUCAAUACAAAGAGAUAUAAGAUAGGAAGAACAUAUAAUAUAACUCAAAGAUAUGACAGUACAGUCAAUAGAGUUAAGGUUGUGUUUGUUAACGAUAUGAGAGCUGCUGAAACAGAACUACUUGAAAAGUUUGAGAAGAUGUAUGGUGCUCCCACGAAAGGUAAAGAAACGUUUGAAGUAGAUGAGAUAGAUAGUGCUAUAAAAUUAUUUGACGAAGUUGCUGAAAAAUACAUGUAA